AUGGCGCCCAAACCCCCCCUGCUGCUUCUCAGUCUUCUCUUCCUCAAGCAAGCCGCAUCCUUCUAUCUCCCUGGCGUUUCUCCCUCUUCGUACUCCCGAGGGGACCAACUGGAAGUAAAUGUCAACUCCCUGACACCUUCGAUAUCGCGACACGAUGAGCAGAUCCACGCUGUGGUCGCCUUCGACUAUUACCACCCAGCCUUUCACUUCUGCCAGCCGGAGGGGGGACCUCAGCCCAGACGAGAGUCGCUGGGCAGUAUCAUAUUUGGCGACCGCAUUCAAAGCUCCCCCUUUCAGUUGUGGAUGGGAUUGAACCAGACGUGCAAGAUCGCAUGUCCCGGCGAUACAUUCGACGAGAGAUCAGCGAGGUUCGUCAACAAAAGGAUUGAGGAGGCUUAUAACGUCAAUUUCUUUGUGGAUGGACUUCCAGCGGCAGAACUACGAGAAGAUCCCCUCACCCACGAACGGUUCGCCAGUCCCGGGUUUCCUUUGGGGAAAGUGCAAGAGGAUGGGACGAAGAUUCUGCACAACCACUGGGAUAUCAUCAUUGACUAUCAUACAGCGGGCCUUCGUGGACUCAAAUACCGUGUAGUCGGCGUUCUGGUUCAGCCGCAAUCAUACGCCGACUCUCGCCUCUCGGACGACGGCAAGGCAAGUUGCGCCUUCUCAUCCGGACCUCUUGUCCUGAACGAAGAGGGACAAACACCAGUCACCUACACAUACAGUGUCUACUGGCGUCCUUCAGACACAGCUUGGGCCACCCGCUGGGACAAAUUACUGCACAUUGUCGACCCCAAAAUCCACUGGUUUUCACUCAUCAACUCGGCCAUCUUUGUCGUCUUCCUCAUAGGUAUGGUCAGCACGGUCCUGGUCCGGGCGCUUCGUAAAGACAUUGCGCGAUAUAACCGAUUGGAUAAUAUCAAUUUGGAUGAUCUCUCAGGGACCUCUACUGUUGACGACGACGUCCAAGAAGACUCGGGCUGGAAGCUGGUGCAUGGCGACGUCUUUCGGCCCCCUCGUUAUGCACUGCUAUUGAGCGUAUUGCUUGGGAAUGGCGCACAGCUUUUCGUCAUGACAGCUAUGACAGUCGCCUUCGCCAUGCUAGGCUUUCUAUCGCCUUCUAACCGGGGCUGGCUCACAUCGAUCGGUCUUCUGCUCUACACCAUCUUUGGUUGUAUUGGUGGAUACGUGUCGGCGCGAGCGUACAAGACCUUUGGCGGCGAGAAAUGGAAACUCAACAUUGCACUGACUCCUGUUUUCGUGCCCGGCAUUGUAUUUGGGACAUUCUUCCUCCUCAACCUCUUCGUCUGGGCGAAGGGAGCCAGUGGCGCGGUGCCUUUCACGACGAUGCUGGCUAUCAUCGCCAUAUGGUUCGUCAUCAGCGUGCCAUUGAGUGUAGCUGGGUCGUGGUAUGGGUUCAAAUCGCCGGCGAUCGAGCCACCGACCAGAGUCAACCAGAUUCCGCGACAAAUUCCGCCCGUGGCACGCUCCUUGCGACCGAUCCCCUCCCUUUUGCUGACAGGCAUCCUGCCAUUCUGCGCCAUCUUUGUGGAAUUGUACUUUAUCAUGACAUCCCUGUGGACGAGUAAGAUCUACUACAUGUUUGGAUUUUUAUUCAUCUGCUAUGCGUUGAUGGCAAUGACUUGCGCCUGCACCACCAUCCUGCUGGUGUAUUUUUUGCUCUGCGCCGAAGAUUAUCGUUGGCAGUGGAGGGCGUUCUUUGGCGCGGGGAUGACCGGCGGGUAUGUGUUUUUGAAUGCGUUGGGAUUUUGGGCGACAAGAGUCACCUUUGGAGGACUUACUGGAGCGGUUCUCUACGUGGGCUACUCAGGCCUGCUCAGUUUCUUGGUUGCUGUGCUCACAGGCACGAUCGGAUUUGUGUCGUCAUACGCUUUCGUCCAUCGCAUCUACGGGUCGAUCAAGGUAGACUGA